AUGUAUCUUAUCGACCCACUGCCCACUGAGUCUUCACCUCAGGCUCCGAGGAACGGAACUGAUCCGGGAAAAGCCGUGACUGACUCCCAAAGCAAGGUAUAUAUAGAGGGGGGUGUGGAAGGGGUUCCUGCUUGCCCCAGUCUACAUCUAGAAUUUACUAGGAAAUCUUCCAGCAUGGUUCCGCGACAAAGCCUAAACUCUUAUAACAAACGCACGACAUCUUGUAUCGUUCAGUUCUGGAUGGUCAUCUGGCUCACAUGCUUCGUAUUUCUGGAGAAUGUCCAAUGCGAUUUCAAUCGGGGCUUGGCGUCUAUCCACGGGUUUGAUUACAAUCCCGAGCUCACCUGGCCGUCGCCGGCGCUGGAGCUAGAGGAUGAAGCACGCCCGGCAGGAAACAGGCGGCUGGCGACCGGGGGACGCGACAGGCCAGCGGGGACGAGCGCGCGACGCUCCCGGGCUGGGAAGGAGGCUGCUCCUCGGUUCAAGAUCAUCAACUCUGCGAUGCCGGCGAAACCCGAGAACUGGAUGGUCUUUGCAGCGGUCCGAAGUUUGCAACUAACCAACGGGAAGCUAUUGAUUGGUGGGAAAGAGCAGGAGAACGAAUACCGGAUGUUGAGGAUCGAGGAGCAACAGAUCCAGCUCUUCCUCGGCGAAGAUGUACACCGAGUGAGAAGCACGAGCGACUCGAGUGAUCGGCCUAGGAUCGGCAGGUCCAGGCCAGCCGGCACGCCCUCGGCAGAAUUUACGACCGCGCAAGUACACCGAAGGCGAGAUGCUCGGAGGAAGAUCGAUCAGCAAGCUACGCAGCUACCAGAAUUCAAGGAGGUCUACACCGAUCGAGUGCUCCUGGGGUUCGCAGAGACACUCAAGCUGCUUAGAACGAGACUUCGAACUCGGAUUGAGUACUUGCAAGCAUGGGGGACCCUGGGAUACUUGACGCUCGACUUGGAAGGUAUUCUGGCCCAGUUACCUCUCUACCUGUUCUACGUCGAUCUGAUCAACACGGUCAUUCCGGCUCCGGGGGUGGCGGCGAGCGGCGAAGCGGCGGUUAUUGAGUUCGUGGAGUCGCAGAGAAGCCUAGCGGGGAAGAUGUUCCUUGACUACGUCGAGGGGGUUCUCGAGAAUCAUUACUUGGACCCGGAGGCGGCGGUCUUGGGGAAGCUAGGCGGGUUGAAUCUCGUGGAUGUGGACGCGCAAUCGAAGUUCGGCUGGCGGCUCGUGACCAGAUGGAUGGAGACUUGGCGAGCCUCUCUGGCGGCUGCGGCGAGGGAGCAUUCGCCCAACGAGGAGACGCACCUUUCGAAGCUCUUCAAGCAGCUGUUCAACGAGAUUGUGACGGGGUAUGUGGAAAGUCUUGUGGCCGCCCGCAACAGACCAGCCAGUUGA